CAACAUGAAACUGUCUUAAUUGCCCCAGUUAUGCACGUCGGCGGCGAAUGGAGAGGGAGUGCGUGGAUUUAAGGAAAAAAAAUAACAACUGGAGUAAUGUUGGUAACGUGAUACGAACCUCCCGUCGAGGCGAACCAUUCAAGAAAGGCUUCUGCUCAGCUGCAAACUUUUUUUUCCAAAGUUGGACUAUCAUCACGUCCAUUGUAAAGAACAUCAACUAAACAGCGUGCAUCCAUAAGAAUAUGUUGUUUGGAUGAGGAAAAAAAAUGGAUCUAUUUUUUUUUCCACGAGUAGCGUGACGCAGACGCGCCAGACACAAGGCCUCGGUUACGACCACUGCAGUGGAGGGGAAGGGGAAGGUGAAUGGGCCAACAGCGACCUCCGUGGGCAAUGAGACCGGAUGCUUCCGCUGCGCAAUAGUGCCUCAGACAAAAGGAAGGGGAAGGGACUUUAUGGCGAGGUUUAGAUCCGCCAGACAGGCUGUUAUCUACCGAAGCAAACGAUCUCAAUAGCCCCCGUGGUAAAAUUGGUGAAAAAAACACACCCUGAUUUAAGUUUACAGCCCGACAGCCUUUGCAAUCGUGGCGUGUUUUCCUCAUCUGAGGCGUUUGUGGAUGGGUCUAUUCUGCAGACCCCUUCCUGCCCCCCCCCCCUCACCACCCUCGUUUGAUGCCUGUUAGCUAAACAUUGUGCACCUAUAAGGUGGGAGUCUCCAAAUAGGAUGCACACCUUGUCCAUUUCUGGUUCUUUCAUGACAAUGGAGCUUUUGUGUGAAAUUGCCUUGCGGGUGCUCUCGUGAGUAAAUGUAAAAAUAAAAUACGCAACACUCGAUGGGUGACAACGCAAAGUAUCAGUCGACAUUUAACGUUGCGUUCGUUCGAGCGUGUCUCUCAAACGACAAGUACUACGACAAAUACCCGCAGAAAUCCAGUGACGUCACAUGCAACCUGUAUAUGUUUUGUUUUUUAAAUCGCUGCUUUCGUUCUUGAAUAUAUUGCCCGUAUGCCCGCCCCCGCUACUCCCUUGACCUCCCAGUAUCAUUUAAUUCUCAAAGACGGAAACCGAAGCCGGAAUUUUGAUGUUUUAUCGAAGUGUAAAGUUGAAUCGGUGCUGUUUGUUGAUGGUGAAAUAUGUGCAGGCGAUAACGGCGUGGCAAACAAUAAACAAGUCGAGCGCAAUACGCCAUGUUUGCGAAAUAUUUCAUGGGUGUUGACUCGCUUAAUUCGGGGGGCACCACGUCAAACAUUCUAUUUACGCCUUUAUUUUGUUUGGUUCACGCAAUACUUUAAGAGUCGUGUUUUUUUUUUUUUAACACGCGCGAAAGUGCUUUUAGGAAACUAAUCCCGAUUUGUGAUGUGUUUCGUCCAACAAUAAAAUACAACGGAGCGUGUGAAGCAAGCGUGAAAGGGGGGGGGGGAUAAAAACGAGAAACAGUUAAUUACAAUUGAUAAUAUAUAUACUACACAAUUUUGAUAAAUGUUUGAGUAAAAACACAAAUGCGAUGUUUAAAUGCGAAUUGUAUUUCUCGCCAGCUAAAGCGCGCCCUGUUAUAUGUAAUAUAUAAAAAAUAAAAACGGUGGCUCUUAUGCACAUAGAGGUCAGUGGGUAUUCAUUAUUAUUUUUGUUUAUUUGUUUUUUGCCGCGUGUGCAGAUCGUGUCGUGAACUGUAAGUUUGGGCAAAUGUUGUUAAAGGCAACCCCCAAUUAACAUUAAAGUUAAUGAGUAGGUUUUAUUCCCAUGCCGCAAAACGGGCACGCGGACAUGAUCCAAAUUGGAGGGUGCGAAUAAACGCUUUCAAUAAAGGUCAGAAAUUCACCGAGUGGUUAUUUUCCACUUUGGACAGUUCAAGCAAGAAACGCGAAGGAUAUUCGCGUUAGUAGACGCGUGAAACUAAAAAGAAUAUUUAAAAGUCGCUCGACAAAUGCUGAUUUUUUUUAACUACAUUACUGCAUGCCUUGAAGUUUUUGUAAACAUUGUUUUGGUUAGCAGGGUGCUUACGUGGCCUAUAAAAUAGCUCAUAAAACCAGCUUAGAAAAUGUCGUUUGGCUUGAACAUGCACUAGGAGCAGCCGCGACGGCGGCGACAGACUUUUUUCCCCCCCUGACGUCACCGCGGUUUCAUUCAUAUUUUCUCCAAUCUAUGAUCAAUCCGAUUGUAUUCAUUUAUCCCUAUUUUCACCAACUGCGCUUGUUAUUGGGGAACCGUGUGCGUAUUUAAUGAGCAGAGGGAUUGAUUUAUGCUUUAUUGUUCAGCCCGUAUGAUCACGUGCCCCCGCCAUCCAAUGGCCUGCCGGCGUGGCUCCCACAUUACAACCCACUGUAGUUUGUGCGAGGGGCCAAGUUGCUACUUGAUUUCUCCACAUUGUUAUUUUGUGAAGCUCUCUUUACUGCUUGCGUAUGUGUGUGCGCCCGCGUGCGCCCCCCACCCCCUCUGUUGUUGUCGUCGCCGCCGUAUGGCUCCGCUGGCCGGCUAACUUGGAUGCGUGUGAACGUGUAGUUUGCCGCUAUGUCGACAUCCGGAGCGGUGACUAGUUACUACGUCGAUUCUCUCAUUCUCCCCGAGAGCGAGGAGCUCUCCAUGCCGAGAUACCCAUCCGGGCCCGGGUACCAGCACGGUAGACAGCACCCCCCUUCCCUCGGCGAACACGGCGAGCUCGGACCGUGCACCUUCACGUCCAAACCUGCCGUGUUUGGGCCGUCGUGGAGCCACGUCCCGGCUCAGUUCCCGGGCGGCGUCUCGUCUGUGUACCACCACCACCCCUAUGGGCACCCCCAAGGCCCGGUCGGGGCCGAGUCAGACGCCCGCUACCAAUCGUGGCUCCUGGAACCCAUGUCCGGGUCCCUGCCCAUGAGCGGAUUACAGGCAUCGCACCAUUACGGAAUCAAACCCGAGGCUGCCGGUUCGCACGCGGCGCUGCUGCUCUCCGACUACAGCAACUGCUCGGUGCAAUCGGGCGGGGAGAAGGAGGCGCUCGCCGGCCGGGGAGUCGACGUUACCGGGGAGGGUGAAGAGAAACCGAACCUGGAUCCGAAUAACCCCGUGUCCAACUGGCUCCACGCGAGUGCCACGAGAAAAAAGCGCUGUCCGUACACAAAGCACCAGAUCCUGGAGCUGGAGAAAGAAUUCCUCUUUAACACCUACCUGACCAGGGACCGUAGGUACGAGGUUGCCAGGCUGCUGAACCUCACGGAGAGACAGGUUAAAAUCUGGUUCCAGAACCGCCGGAUGAAGAUGAAGAAGUUUAACAAAGAUGGCGCAUCGAAAGAUGAGUGACUGAUGAGAAUUCUCAUUGAGGCCAAUGGCGAGC